AUGGGUUGGGGUAAAAAGUUGAAAAUACAGUUUAGUGGUGAGGAUGGGUGGGGAAGUGCAAUAUCACAAAACAUGAGUCAGUUGUAUACUAUGCUUCAGAAAAAGCCUGUGACAGGGGACAUGAUAGCCUCCAUUGCUGAGAGUUACAUUGGAUCUGAGGAUUGGAGUAUUGCAUCUUCAUCUGGCCCAGGACCUGGUACAUAUAAAGCCCAUCUCUUCAUUGAAGAUGUCAUUGACCAAGCUGGUGGAAGUGUACCCAAAAAAUGGUUGGGUAUCGGUGGACCCAUUUCCAUUGAAGAAUGGGCAAACCCAGAGUCACCCUUUCUGGUAGACGAUGAAAACUGGAAGAGGGUAACCAAACCUAAGGAAGGAGAUGUGGUUACUGAUGGGAAACAUAUUGGUUUUAUCACUGGGUACCGCACCACAACCCACCCUGGCAAGAAAAAGAUAAAGCAAGACAAUUGGGGUUUCAAACCCGGCCAGUCUAUUGAUAAAUUUAUUAUAUGGCGUUAUGUCAAUUAGAUAUUCCCCACUUCUACUGAUUUUUUGGCACUGGAAACUUUUAAUCAAUUAUUUUCGUGCACAAUAAAAUUUCAACUA